AUGGCCUGCGUGUCGUCAGGGCAACGGGCGUGGAGGGGUGCAGGCCCCGCCUCCCCGCCCCUCUCACCCACCAGCGGCCGCUCGAGCCUGGUUCCCAGCGGCAGUAGCGGCGGCCGGAUCUGGGAAAAGGAGACCUUGCGUCCCGCAGAGGUCUGGAAUCCCGCCCGGCACCACGCCGGUGGUUGGCUCAGCGGCCACGUUCUGGAUCUCGGGCUCCGCAGACUGCAGGUGUCAUCAGUUGGGAGCAGCGACCACGCAGCCUGGCAGAGGGGGCAGUGCGCAGUCGCAGGAGAAAAAGCCAGCCAGGAGGAGGCAACGGUCCUGGAUGCUCGAACUGACUGA